AUGAUUACGGAUAAUACAACAGAUGAAAAUAUUGUUGAUAACAAUUAUUAUCAUCUUAUUGAUCAUUGUAUAUCAAUGCUCGCUCAGCAAGGAACUGCCAUCACAAAACGAACACUUCUAUCGACUUUAUGUCAUCUUACGUAUAAUAUUGAUAUGAUAGUUUAUAUGAAAAAUAACUUAUUUUUAAAACCACUCUUAUUAAAAAUGAGUGAAUCUGAUGAUGCCGAAAUAUCUUUCAAUGCAUAUCGCAUUUUGUCGAUAAUUAUGAACGAAGAAGAUAUUAAAAGACUUGCUAAUGGCAAUAAAAUAGUUGCCUUAUUUUAUUUAUAUUUUAUUAGUAUGAUUGAUGAUCCAAUUCAGAAAACAGCUUUUCAUAGUCUACUUCAUUCUCUAAAGAGUCUCGUACAACAUAAAGAAAUCAAAAUAGAAUUAAUUAAUCAAGGAAUAAUACCAUUACUUAUUCGAUGUGUCAUUGAAGCAAAUUUUCAUAAAACAAAAACUCAACAAUAUGCAUUAGAAAUUUUACUUGCACUUUCCUUUAACAAAGAUGCUUUAAAAAUACUUGAACAAGAUACGAAUUUUAUGAAUUAUCUCAAAACAUUAGAAAAUUCAACUGAAGAAAAUUUACAACGAGUAGCUAAUCAUUUACUUUGGCAAUUUGAUCAAAAGAUGUCUACUCCUAUCGUAACAAAGUCUGAUUCUUCUUGUUCGAAUAAAAAAUUUGAUAUAAUGCUAAGCUAUUCACAUAUUGAUAAAAAAAUGUGUUUUCAAAUUUAUGAAAAUCUUGUUAAAGAUGGAUUUCAUGUUUGGCUUGAUCGAGAUCAAAUCCAUGGUGAUACAAUGACAGCAAUGGCUAAUGCUAUUGAAAAUUCAGAAUUCGUAUUUAUUUGUAUGUCAGAAGCAUAUAAACAAAGUCCAUAUUGUCAAGUAGAAGCUCAAUAUGCAUUUGAACGACGAUGUAAAUUGAUACCACUCGUUAUGAAAACAAAAUACAAACCUGACGGAUGGUUAGGUAUCAUUGUCAGUGGCAAAAUUUAUGUCGAUUUUUCUAAAUUUCAAUUCGAUUCGGCUUAUUCAAUUCUUAAAACUGAAAUUGAAAAGAAACGAAAUACUGCUGACGCUCAUUCUAAAACAAUAACAACAUCUCAUCAAUUAUUGGCACCACAAUCAUCAUCAUCAUCAUCAUCAGUAGUUAAUCAACAUCAAUUAGUUAUAGAUCUUCCACAUUGCAUUGAUUCAUGGUCUACAGAGCAUGUUCGUUCAUUUCUCAUUAAUAACAAUUUCACAUCACUUCUACCUGUCUUUCCUGAUUUCAAUGGUCAUUUACUACAUCAAGCCUAUUCAAUGUGUCAAAUAAGUCGAGAAAGUAUGUUUCAGGCAAUGAGACAUGAGGUUAUAGCCAAUGCAACUGUUCCGCCAUUGACACUCGCUACGUAUCUUCGUUUUCUUGAUCAAUUGAAAAUAUAUAUUCCAGUGAAUAUCAACGAAUCAUCACAAAUACCAAUGUCAUCUAUUUGUAAUAUUAUGUAA